AUCACGGACAGAGAGUAGGACAAGAUCACGACCGUCAGCUCGGUGUAUGCGGCUAAUCCUGCGCGAAAAACAACCGCUUUUCUUAUUCUACAUGUUAAAUUUAAUACUUUAAGGCUAAAGCAAAACGUUUCGGUAUUUAUUUGAGGAAACGGAGGUAAUCAGAAGACAGCAAUCAUCGACCAAAAGACGAGAACAUGUCUGGAAAAGAAAGGAUCGACAUAUUCCCCUCCAGAAUGGCUCAGACCAUCAUGAAGGCUCGGCUGAAAGGGGCACAGACCGGCCGCAACCUGCUCAAGAAGAAAUCUGACGCCCUCUCCAUGCGCUUCCGUCAGAUCCUUCGCAAAAUUAUUGAAACUAAGACCAAGAUGGGAGAGGUGAUGAGAGAGGCGGCCUUUUCUUUGGCUGAAGCCAAAUUUGCAGCUGGAGACUUUAGCACAACUGUAAUCCAGAAUGUCAACAAAGCCCAAGUGAAGGUCCGAGCCAAGAAAGACAACGUGGCAGGUGUUACCCUACCAGUUUUUGAGCACUACCAAGAAGGCGGGGACAGUUAUGAGCUGACUGGUCUGGCCAGAGGAGGAGAGCAGCUCUCCAGGUUGAAGAGGAACUACGCCAGAGCUGUGGAGCUGCUGGUGGAGUUGGCCUCCUUACAGACAUCCUUUGUCACACUGGAUGAAGCCAUAAAAAUUACCAACCGCCGUGUGAACGCUAUUGAGCAUGUGAUUAUCCCCAGGAUUGAUCGCACCCUCACCUACAUCAUCACAGAACUGGAUGAGAGAGAACGAGAGGAGUUCUACAGGCUGAAAAAGAUCCAAGAGAAGAAGAAGCAGCUCAGGGAAAAGACAGAUAAGGAGAUUGCAGAACGCCUGGCUAAGCUGGGUCCCAUCGCCGAGCCCACCAACAUGCUGACAGAGGAGAUGGAUGAAGAUCUGCUGUUCGAGUGAUGGGGCUCCCUCAGUCCGACAGUCACCGACUUCACCCGUCAACCUAUUUAUUCUGUGCCUCUCUGGCCAAGUCUAUGUCUUCUCAUGCAAGUGAUGGAAGUUGUUGUUGUUGUUUUUUUGUGUACUUGUCGUUGAUGAUUUGUUCUAUCAUUUCAGUGCUGGAAGGUACUGUGUGGUUUUUUGUUUUCCAGAUGUGUCACUGUACAGAACCAAACACUUGGCAGUUCCCCCACGUAAGGGAGUCAGUUAACUGUUAUAAAAUAACUUACAUAAUAAGAAUAUAAGUAUGUUUACACAUGGUUUGCGAGUGACAUUAAAGAAGCAUUCCGUGUGACUGGUCGACCUGUAGAUACUUCAGUCUGCUCACAACAUUGCAUGCUGUAAAGCGUCAGGUGGUUGUGGAUUUCAAUGAGUGUGUGAGUCCAUGUUGUGGAGGCCCGUUCCACUGCUGACCUCAUAUCACGGGGUUGUUGUUCCCUCAACUGAUGAGGAUUGUUUACCAUUGCACCAGAACCCCUAACCCUGCUGUAAAAUGUGUGCAAGUUAACAAGACCCAAAACUACAUCCAAAUAAAGAUGUUCUAAAAUAUUCAA